CUUGAUCUCCCACUCCAAUCGCCUAGCAUCAGUAGCACUCCUCACUUUCUGCUCGAACUCGCGCUUCUGCCGUUCCAGCUUCUCGCCUGCUCCUCAUCCUAGCCGGUCCCUGCCCCUGCCCGUUCUCGUGCGACUGAAUAGGAACAGGUUUAAACGAUGCGCUGCGUCGCUUCGCGUGCUGAUGCUCCCAUUACCGCUGCCGGAGGCGGUGGUGGUCGCCAACGACUUCGCAUACGCCCUUUGCUGCGGCUAGACAGCGCCCAGGUGCGUCCUCGAACCUCCUCGGGUCGGGGUGAACAGAUCUUGCAGCGGCGCUGCUCCGCCCGCGGGCGAUUUGCGUCGCACUGUAUCUUCACCAUCUGCAGCGCGCACGGUCCGCACGGCCAGCCGGUCUUGCCCCAGCGCAGCCUCUGCGUCCGCCGCCGCUGCCGCUUCCGCACUCGUCUCUCCCGCCAUCGAAGGAGAAGAAGUAGCGCCCAACAAAGCGCGCAAGCUGGAAGCGGACGCAAAUGCUGCUCCUGUAGCCCGCACGCCACCACCGUUCCCAACAUUGCUGGAAAAGGCGUGAGUGUCACACUCCCACCAACAUCUGCGCCGCCAGAUUGCCGGCUCUGGGUAUCACGCGAGAUGAGAUGCUGUGGUUGUGCGCGUGAGGAGGUGCUUUUCGCUGUCGAUGCUGCUGCUGAUGAGGCUGAUGGCAUUGCCGGCCUCGAGUCGGUGGUGAUGCGCGCGCGAGUCUCGUGCAUAAGCGUGAAGCGGCAGGUUGGGGUGAUUGCCGACCUCGUUCAAAAACGAGUGGCCAGCCAAAGACGAUGAGCAGAGGUCUGAACACCCUGGUUUCCAUCCACAGCUGCAGGUGUUGUCCAGAUGCGCAGAGGCUUCGUAAGUUAUGGUGAGAACGGUGUGAUGAGUCUCACUCUACCCGUCAUGCCGUCUGAGCGGGAAUGUGGCGAGCCUGACGUCGUGAAAAGGCAUCGUGCCAAUACAUGGCAACCGGUCAAUGGCUGCUUCGUGGCCAGCAGAAGACAAGUAAUUGCUUAGAGCGGCGCAAUUGUUCAUGUGCGUUGAGCCCCAUCGAUCGCGCGAUCCGCGCUUGAUAGAUGCUUGCUCCGUUCGAGAGCAUGCGCAUAGGGUGUGAACACG